AUGAAUAGAUUCGACAAGACGCCACGAUCCCGGAAAGUGCAACCAGGAACAGGACAGCCAUCUUCGGGUGUGUUUUCCACAAUGGAUAAUGGGAAGUUACAAACAAAUAACAAACAAUCUAAGUCCGGGGCUAUUUCUUCCUUGUACAAAUUCGUCAACGAAACUUUCCUACCCAUUUUGAUAAUACUUACGGUACCGAACUUUGGGAUUUUGUUGUGGAACGUCACGGAGAAGUAUGGCGGGAACUUUACCAACAUGUACCGUGCUAUGAGGGAAAAGUCACCUGUGACAGCUCUAUGGGAUAUGUGGUGGUCAAGUCGACUAAAGGACGGCCUCAUUCCUUGUGUAGUGCUGGGAUAUAUGGCGUUCGCACUUUGUCUGAUGGUGAUUCUCCCAGGGAAGAGGCUGGAAGGGCCAAUGACUGUAAAAGGAAAUAUUCCUGUGUAUAAAAAUAAUGGUUUCUUGUGUUAUAUCGUCACCAUGGUGAUAUUUGUUGUGCUGACAGUUGUAUUAAAAGUUCAUGGACUUACCCCUACUGUGGUCUACGACCGGUUUGACGAGGUCAUGCUGUUCCUGAAUGCCUUCAGUUUGGUUUUCUGUCUGUUUUUGUACAUCAAGGGCCGCUUUUGGCCGUCGUCCAGCGACAGCGGUUGUACCGGUAACUUUAUAUUCGACUAUUACUGGGGGACCGAACUCUACCCUCGUGUCUUUGGUGUCGACAUCAAAGUUUUCACAAACUGUCGAUUCGGAUUGACAGUUUGGCCUCUCCUGGUGGUCCUAUACAACCUUAAGAGUUAUGAGUUGCACGGAUUUGUUAACAAUAUUUUCAUAUCCUCUGUUCUCCAAAUAGCGUAUAUCACAAAGUUCUUCUGGUGGGAAGAAGGCUACAUGCGUACUCUCGACAUAAUUUUGGAUCGUGCAGGUUUUUAUAUAUGUUGGGGAUGUUUGGUUCUAGUGCCCUCACUCUACGCAUCAGUGAGCAUGUACAUGGUAAAACAUCCGGUACAUAUUCAACCAAUCAUCGCCUUUCUGUUGUUAGGCUGUGGUUUGACUAGUAUAGUGAUCAACUAUUGGGCUGACGUGCAGAAAAUGAGGACAAGAGAAACACGGGGAAGUUGUCUUAUUUGGGGACGUAAACCAAACAUAAUAAAGGCUAGAUAUACACUACAAAGCGGCGAAGAAAAGGAAAAUUUACUUCUUGUUUCUGGAUGGUGGGGUGUUGCCCGUCAUUUUAACUACCUCGCUGAAUUGCUGCUGGCGUUCUUUUGGACAGCGCCGUGCAUGACCUUAAAUUUCGCACCAUAUGCGUACUUGACUUUCCUCACGAUACUCCUGGUUCACCGUAGUUUCCGUGAUGAUCGGAAAUGCAGAAGUAAAUACGGACGUUACUGGACAGAGUAUUGUCAAGAGGUUCCAAGUAGGAUCGUGCCGUAUCUUAUUUAA